AUGUUGCUGCAUGCCGCCAAGGCAGAGCUCAUUGAUGUAUUGCGCGAAAAGUACAAGGAUAAGGAAGCCUUUCAGUUUGAGGCUGUGGAUGCUGCCAAGUUGCCAGAGGAGUGGGCAGGCAAGUUUGACAUCGUCAUAGACAAGGCGAUGUUGGAUGCCGUCAUCUCCUCCGGGAGACGGCUAACUGCCCGCGCGUUUUCGAGCACGGAGCAGGUGAAGCCUUCAAAGUGGAAGCGAAGAUUGUUGGCAACCACUGGUAUCGUGGGCGCGGGUGCUGCGACAGUUUUCGGAUUUUCCUACAACAGCGAAAAGAGAAGACAGGAAAUUGAAAAAAGGAUCAGGAGUGUGGAGGAGAAGCCAGUCCCAACAAGAGCACAGCAAAUUGAGCGCUUGGCCGCGGGUGAAGAGUUUGACAUUCUGGUGGUUGGCGGUGGUGCGACUGGUGCUGGCGUGGCCCUAGAAGCCCAACUCAGAGGUUUGAAGGUAGCAUGUGUGGAGCAGGAAGACUUUGCUUCAGGAACAUCAUCUAAAUCCACCAAGCUUUUAUGGGCUGGUUCUCGCUACCUCGUGAAGGGAUUGGUGAAGUUGUUCUCGCCAGCCUCCAUUUCGAGCCCGGCCGCUGCGUGGAAUGAAUUUGCGGGAACUUGGCACAUGGUGUUGGGAUGCUUCCGUGAGAGAACUUACAUGCUCACCAUGAAUCCUCACAUCACAAACUGGGUUCCUAUUGCUGUUCCGUUGGACAAGUGGAUCAUUUGGCCUCCACCAUUUGACUACCCGCCAGCAGCAUUGGGUCCCUGCACUGGCCUGUUCGUCGUGUUCUUCAAGUUCUAUGAUCUUCUGGGAAGGUAUGUAGCUCCAAGCUCUUUCGUGAUGUCCUCGGAGCGGGCACGAGCUGACUUUCCACAAAUGGAUGGGAAGAGGAUGAAGUACGUGUCUGUGUUCUACGAGGGGGAGCACAAUGACGCACGCACGAACCUUUGCAUUGCUUUCACUGCGGCCAUGCACGGAGCAGCGAUUGCGAACUAUGCCAAGGUCGAGAGGAUUCUUUUUGAUGAGAAAGGGGUGGCCUGUGGCGCAGAGGUCGUGGACAAAGCCAACCCUUCCGCGAAGUCUUUCGAAAUCAAGGCGAAGAAAAUUGUGUACUGUGGCGGGCCUUUCACAGAUGGGCUGCGGCAACUGAGUGAGGGGAAGGAUGUGAAGCCCAUGGUCAAUGCAUCUGGCGGAACACACAUCGUUCUUCCGCCUUAUUAUUGUCCGCGGCACAUUGGAAUGGUGGACAUGAUGACUUCUAGAGGCUCCUUCCUUUUCUUCCUCCCAUGGGAGGGCUACACCUUGGUGGGGACAACUGAUGUGAAGACAAUGCCAGACCUCCAUCACCAGGUUCCGGAGGAUGAGAUCCAGUACCUGAUCAAUGAAUGCGAGAAGUAUUUGUCCCCAAGUUUGCGUGUCCGUCGUCGAGAUGUCAUGUCCGCAUGGUAUGGCAUUCGGCCACUCUGUGGUGACCCCAACGCCAAAGACCAAAGUUCCGCCUCUCGGGACCAUGUGGUAUCUCACCAUCCGACCAAUGGCAUCACCUUUGUGUCUGGUGGAAAGUGGACAACCUGGCGAGAAAUGGCGGAAGAUGGAGUUGACCAGGUUGUUGAAGGACAUCCCGAGCUCAAGAAGAAGGCUGGGCCAUCCAAGACGCUGGAAACGCCGCUGCUGGGAACCGGCAAGACAGAUCUUUUCCCGGAAGGAUACCAUGAGAACUUGGCGGUGACUCUUUCCCAGAAGUAUGAUUUGGCAUUCGAUGUAGCUCAGCAUUUGGUGCGAAACUAUGGCACCAGGGCAGGGCAGGUACUGGACAUGGUGGACCAGGACACUGUCAAAGGUUCACGCUCUGGCUUGUACAAGCAUUAUCGCAGAUUGUAUGAGGGUGCUGCCGCUACGACAGGGUAUCCCUACCUCGAAGCUGAAGUUCGGUAUGCAGUGAACCACGAAUAUGCCGUGACCCCUGCAGAUGUGCUGGCGCGAAGAACGCGUCUGGCAUUCCUGAACUCCACUGCUGCAAGAUUAUGCCUGCCGCGAGUGGUUGAAAUCAUGGCGGAAUGCCUUGGCUGGUCUCCUGAGCGGGCUUUGAUGGAACACGAGCAAGCGGAACAGCUCCUUGCUCGUGAUUUCGCCGGACCGGUGCCGGAUAAAAAGGGCGCAUUGCUUCGUUCGGCCUGCACAGCAGAUGUCAAGGAUGUGUUUGACCACAUCGACGCGGAGCAGAAGGGUACGCUCACCAAGGCUGGCAUUGCCAAGGCAGCGGCUGAGCUUGGAUUCCCUCUUUCUCAAGAUGAGCUUCAGAAAGCUGUUAGCGAGAUGGACACAGACAAGAACGGAGAGGUUCAUUUUCCAGAGUUCUUGGCCUGGUGGAAUUCGUCAGAGAAGAGCCAGGGUGUCCAUCAGAAAAUCUUCAUGGGAACCCGCAGAGGGUCCAGGUGGAAGACCAUUGAGGAGUGA